UUACCCUAAAAAACAAAACCCCCAAAUUGAGUUAGGGUUCUAAAUCAAAACCCAGAAUAGAAGAAGAAGAGUGAGAGAGUGAUUUCGAGUGAAAUUGAAGAAGUUUAUGGACGCUUUGCAAUCGAAAUGGGUGACGGCGAAACCACAAUAAAACUCACAAUCCACUUUGGUGGAAUUGUGAACAGAGAAGGAGAAGAUUACAUCUACAAAGAAGAAUUGGGUGUUAAGAUAGUUCAUUGGAGAUUGUCUGAAAUAUCAUGGAAAAAAUUUGACGAUUUCUGUGUUACUCAGGCAAAGAAUGGAGAACCGAUUAGGCUCAUUUGGUACAAAGAGACAGCUAAGGAUAUGAAAUUCUUAAUGUAUUUAUUUGAUUCCACAAGUGAUGUAGAUAUGGUUGACCUCCUUUUUCUAGGGGAAACUGUAGGUGUGCUUGACAUUUUUCUCAAGCAAAGGGUAGAAGAUAAAUCGGGUAAUGGUUAUAGUAGUGCUGAUGAAGAAGUUGUUAGGCCAAAAGAAGAUGAGGAAGGCUCAGAAUCUGAGGAUGAAAUACCUGACAAUGUGGCCGCUGAAGGAUACGAAGCUGAAUUAGAUGAUAUCAGGGACAAUGAGAAUAUGUCUGCUGAAGAAGAUAAUGUCGCUGUGAGGAAUGAAAAUGUGGCUGGUGGAAGAGUAGAAACUUUGGUAGCUUUGAAUGGAAUAGUUGAUGAUGGAGAUGAUGUCGUUUUAGAUGCUGGAGAUGGUGGUGAUGAUGAAAGGUUUUAAGUCAUUAUUUGAGGAAGGUUCGAGAGCAAUUGUAGAUAAGGACGCAUACAGAAAUCUUGAGGAACAAGAAGAAGAACAAAGAGAAGCUGAAGACAGUGAGCAAGAGUGUAUAGUAGAGGAAGAAGCAGAAUAUCCGGAUACACCACUAGAGUCAGAUGAAGAAUGGGAACAAUGGGAUAAUGAGAGAAGAGGAAAAAGGAGUAAGAAGGGUACUCAUGGGAAAGCUAAGUAUCACGGUAGUCUGGAUAAAGAGCCAUACAUUUGGUUAUUCCAAAAGUUUAACAGUGGAUUAGAAUUUAAAGACCAGUUGUUGCGUUACUCAUUAAAAACGCAAUAUGACGUGAAGAUGGCAAAGUCUGAAGCAAACAGGAUUGCUGUAGUUUGUUGUGGUAAAAAUUGCAAGUUUAAGGUGUUUUGUUCUUAUGAAAAACCUAUUAACAAGUGGAUGGUGAAGGUCUGUCACAUGUAUCACAACCAUGGAAAAUCAAGUAGAGUUUCAAUGCUGAAGCAAA